UUUGAGUUGUUUACAGUAAAGUUUUGCACGUAUAGCUGGAAUCAUUCAUGGCAUGAUUCAUGAUUGCGUGAUGUCAAAUGAGUGUGAGUGUGUCUGUGUGGGUCAGUGGUGUGUUGAUGGCCGUGACGUGUGUUUGCAGCACAUGCUGUCCCCUCAGAGAGCCCCGGAGAGACUGCUGCAGCUGGCCAACAGUAACCUGGGCAGUCUGGUCACUGAGAUGAACGAGCUGCUCAGCAGGGCGACUAAAGUGUCUGCUGAUGGGGAGCAGACGGCAGCAGAUGCAGAGCGGAGCCGUAAAGGAGCCGAGGACCUGCAGCUUUACGUCAGGAACACACUGCUGGCUGCUGAAGCUUUACGGGAUAAAGCGCGUGAGCUGAACGCGACUCUGGGCUCGAGGGAUGGGGCUCCUGAGAAGAGUGUGAACGAGAUGAACGAUGAAAUCCAAGCCAUGCUCGCAGAACUACGCAAACGCCAUCUCUCCAGCAAGAAAAACACCGCUGACGAAGAACUGGGUGCCGCAGAGGCUCUUUUGGCUCGAGUGAAGCGUUUGUUUGGAGAUCCACACCAGGCCACAGAGGACCUGAAGAAGGAGGUCAGUGAUAAAAUGGGCGAUUACAGGCAGAAACUGGACGAAGCUCAGGAUCUGCUGAAGGAUGCGCACAACAAAACCAAACAGGCCGAAAGACUGGCUGAUAACAACCAACUGAACCUCGACCAUCUGCAGGGAAAGAGGGAUGUGGCCGGUGAGCAGAAAAAGGAAAUGGAGGGAAUUUUGGCGGAAGGAGAGAAGAUGCUGGACGAAGCUAACGCUCUCUCAGACAGCAUCAACCGGGGCAAAGAGGAGCUGGAGGACAUGGCGAAAGAGCUGGGUCCACUGCAGGAUGAGCUGGAUUUUAAGGUGGGACGGUUGGGUCGCGGUCUGGACGACUCCAUCCAUGAUCUGCUGCUGAGAGCGGAGGACCACGCCGGCCAGCUCAACGAUUCUGCUGCCAUACUCGACAGCAUUCUAGCUGAGGCAAAGAACCUGUCCUUCAACGCCACCGCUGCUUUCAACGCUUACACCAACAUCAAGAACUACAUCGAUGAGGCCGAUAAAGUGGCCAAAGAGGCAAAGAAAGCCAGCAUUGAUGCUCUACAGCUGGCCUCAGGACCCAAAGGAUCUCUGAAAGAGCAGGCCAAGGCUUCGGUUCAGAAGAGUCACCGUCUGUGGAACAAAGAGCUGCAGAAUGACGUGAAAGAAAAUGGAGACAAUCUGGGUGCUCUUCAGCUCAGACUGAAAGGAGCCAACAAAAAGAACAAAGACUUACAGAAAGGCCUGAAUGACACAAUGGAGAAACUCAACGCCAUCCCUGAUGAUCUGGCAGCGAAGAUCCAGACCACUAAGCUGAAGGCAGCGGAGGCCAACGACACGGCCAUAGACGUGCUCCACCGCCUGAAGGACAUCACCCUCAACCUGAUGGGCCUGAAGAAGAUCCACAGCAAACUGGAGGACGACGUCAAGAAAGCCAACAACCUGAUCAAAGACCCGGAGAAAAACAUUCAUGCGGCCGGAGCUAAAGUCAAGGAUCUGGAGAAAGAGGCUGAUAGGUUGCUGGAGAAACUGAAGCCCAUUCAGGAGCUCCAGGACAACCUGAAGAAAAACAUCUCGCAGAUCAAAGAGCUCAUCAACCAGGCUCGCAAACAGGCCAACUCUAUUAAGGUGUCUGUGUCAUCCGGAGGAGACUGUAUCCGCACCUACCGGCCGGAGAUCAAGAAAGGCCGCUAUAACACCAUCAUCCUCCAUGUGAAGACGGUUACUGCUGAUAACCUGCUCUUCUACCUCGGAUCGGCCAAAUAUGUGGAUUUCUUGGCAAUUGAGAUGAGGAAGGGUAAGGUGAACUUCCUGUGGGAUGUGGGAUCAGGGGUCGGCCGUGUCGAAUGUCCCGAUCUCGUCAUCAACGAUGGAAACUGGCAUCGGAUCGAGGCCUCACGUAUUGGGCUGAACGGCAGUAUCUCUGUCCAUGCGCUGGAGGGACCCAAAACUGGCAUCUUACCGACCCUCAGAAGUGCCAAAUCACCCGAGAGUUACACCGUGCUGGAUGUGGACCAGAAUGCUUACCUAUUUGUUGGCGGCAUGCUGGGCUCAGUGAAGAAGGCAGAUGCUGUAAAAACCACCACAUUCUCAGGCUGUAUGGGAGAGACGUCUCUGGAUGGAAAACCCAUCGGCCUCUGGAACUACAGAGAGAGAGACGGGGAUUGUGCUGGAUGUGUGGUCAGUCCUCAGCCGGCGGACACUGAAGGCACGGUUCAGUUUGACGGAGAGGGAUACGCCACUGUCAGCCGACCCACCCGAUGGAACCCAAACAUUUCCACAGUCAUGUUCAAGUUUCGCACGUUCUCCACCGAUGCGCUCAUGAUGUACUUCGCCACCAAAGAAAUGAAGGACUUCAUGAGUGCAGAGCUGAGCGAUGGGAGGGUAAAAGUGAGUUAUGAUCUGGGCUCAGGCCCCGGCUCCAUCAUCAGUGACAAGCUCUAUAAUGACGGUAAAUGGAAGUCGUUCACCAUGUCUCGCAUGAAGAAAGAAGCAAAUAUCGCCAUAGUGAACAUCGACGCUAAUGAGGAGGAGCAGUUGCAGAUGGUGUCUCCAGGUGGAGCGACAGGCCUCAACCUGAGGGAGGAUGAGAGGAUGUAUUUUGGCGGUGUACCCAAGACUUGAAACUACAGGUCAGAGGUGCUUUUGAAGAGAUUCUCUGGCUGUAUGAAAGACAUUGAAGUUUCCCGAACGCCGUACAAUCUGCUGAGCAGCCCAGACCACACAGGACUGACCAAAGGCUGCUCCAUUGAGAACCUGCACACCGUGAGCUUCCCAAGGCCCGGGUACAUGGAGCUGAAGCCUGUGUCAUUUGAUGUGGGCUCAGAGAUCUCUCUCUCCUUCAGCACGAAGAGUGAAAAUGGCAUCAUCCUGUUCGGCAGAGGAGGACUGACCUCUAUGACGCAGGGCCUGACGCCCGUCCACAUCCCGCGCCGCUCGCGCAGACAGACCGGAGAGCCUUUCCUGUCUGUGCAACUGAAUAAAGGGGCUCUGGAGGUGCUGGUGUUCAUGGGCAGCAGGAAUCCACGCAGAGCUUUCAGAAAUGUGGAUAAGGGAAUACUGCAUGAUGGGAGAGAACACUCACUGAGACUCCAGAGACUCCCGGGAGCAUCUUUCACUGUGCAGGUGGAUGAAGAGCCAACCUUCCAGCAGACAUUACCCAACGAUCAUCCUCUGAGCAUCCAUCGGCUCUUCAUUGGAGGCAUCCCGACAGACAUAGAAACAGGUGUACAGCGGCCCAACGUGCCUUUUGAGGGCUGCAUCUGGAACCUUCUCAUCAACACUGUGCCCGUGGAUUUCUCUCAGCCCGUGGCCUUUGAGAACGCAGAGAUUGGGCAGUGUCCUGACCUAGCCCCGCCCCAGACCCCUGAGGAAGAGGAGAAGGAAGAGGAAGAGACCCCACCCAAACCAGCUCUGAGGCCUACAGAAGCAGCUCGGCCUCCUCCACCAGCCUCCACUGCCACGCCCCUCGCCGAGGCCACACCCAUCCCAGACACACCCACCAGUGUCCAAGAAGCUGUGGUGCCGUGCGCAGCAGAGGCGGAGCCUGUCGUGCUGGAACUGGCCAAACAGUUCGGUCUGUCCAGAAACAGUCACAUGGCCUUUGAGUUUGACGACAGAACGGUGAAGAACAGGCUGAUCAUCGAGUUCGAGAUGCGCACAGAAGCAGCCUCUGGGCUGGUGUUCUACAUGGCCAGGAUAAACCACGCUGACUUUUUCGCCACCAUCCAGCUGAAGGAGGGAAUGGCUCACCUGAGCUACGAUCUGGGCAGCGGCAACACCUCCGUCAGCGUGCCGCGCAUCAUCAACGACGGACAGUGGCACAAGAUCCGUGUGACGAGAGAGAAGCAGAGAGCAUUCCUGGUGAUUGACGGCCGUUACUCCAAACACACCACCAGCCCAAAGAAAGCUGAUAUUCUGAAUGUGGUGGGAAUGUUGUAUGUGGGAGGUUUACCGCUCAACUACAGCACCAAACGCAUCGGACCGGUGCUGUACAGUAUCGACGCUUGCAUUAGAAACUUCAAGAUGAUGCAUCUGCCGCUGGACAUGGAGAAACCCACGUCCAGCUACCGCGUGGGCUCCUGCUUCGCCAACCCAGAAAAAGGAACUUAUUUUGAUGGCACAGGCUAUGCUAAAGCUGUGGACUCAUAUCAAGUGGGUAAUGAUGUGUCCGUGGAUCUGGAGUUCAGGACGGCACAGAGCAGCGGCGUUCUGUUAGGAGUCAGUAGCCAGAAGAUGGACGGACUGGGUAUCGAACUUGUCAACGGAAAGCUUUUAUUCCAUGCUGAUAAUGGAGUGGGGCACUUCACAGCCGUAUACGAGCCGGAUCCGGAGGCGGGGCUUUGUGAUGGACAGUGGCACACUGUCUCCGCCCACAAGCUGAAGCACCGCCUGGAGCUCAUCGUGGACGGCAAGAAGUCCGAGGCAGUGAGUCCAGACGUCCGCUCUCUCUCCGUCGAUACCAAUGACCCUGUGUAUGUGGGCGGAUACCCAGAGGGUCUGCAGCAGUUUGGACUCACGAUAAACACACCGUUUAAAGGCUGCAUGAGAAAUGUGAAGAUCACUAAAGCUGGGAAGACUCUGGAGGUCCAGAUGAACAAAGUCCUGGAGCUCAAAGGAGUCCAACCUCUCACCUGCCCUGCUAGUUAAACACACACACACACACACACACUCACCUGAUUCAUUUAACUGCUACUCCGAGUGAAUCAGUUCAUGAAUCAAACUAAGAAAUAUUCAGAGAACUAACUGAAGUACUAGCUGUGCUGCUUAUAACCAAAUAACACAAGGAGUAUUAAUAAACAAACAGCUAGACAAACCAAGCCAGAUCAAAAACUGCUUUAAAAUAAAAUGAAUACAGCCAUAGGAUAGAAUUUUUAUAACUUUUGGUAACACUUUUCAAUAAGGACCCGUUAGUUACAUUAGUUUAGACAUUAACUAACAUGAAUGAACAAUGAGAAAUCUGCUACAAUAUGUAAUUAUGUGUUGUUAGUCAAUAAAAAUACAACUGUUCAUUGUUAGUCCAUGUUUGGUCUGGUCCAUUAAAAAGAACAGAAACAACUUUUUAUUUUACUAAUGUAUUAUUAAAUAUUGAAAUGAAUAACUAAAAUUAAUAAAUACUUUAGAGUAUGUUUCAAUGUUAGUUCUUGUUAACUAAUGUAGUUAACCAAUGUAAACAGAUGAAACAUUAUUGUAAAGUGUUACCAACAUUUUAUGCUGUAGUUCGUUAUCAAUCUGUCUAUGUAUUUUUGUGUUAAAGGACCUAAAAAAAGCAGAUCUGAAGAAACUGUAGUAAAAGAACUUGUUUUAAUCUCCAAAGUGCAACUACAUCUUAACAAAUCCUAACAAAACCACUGAAGAGUGAAUGACCCGAGAAAUCAGGAUUCAGUCAAUCAGAAAGACACAUUUAUACACCAGUAAGACAUGUAUUUCUGCUGAGACAUUUCAAAUGUCAAUGUCAAACAGGCAACACUAAUACACCCUAGUAUAUUCAUCAUAACAUCAUCAUCAGACUUCAUAAUCAUUUAACACGAUAGCAUGCUUCAUUUCAUGGAGAGAACUGGACUUACAUUGUCAUUCUUCUAAUUGUAACUACAUUUGACACCUGAUACAGUACAUCAAGAAAUAUUGGGGGGAAAAACAUGUUUGUGCCUUACUUUAAUAUUUAAAAAACUCUAAUACACUAAUAAAAUGUAAUAAGAAAGGCUACCAUGGCAUAAAAAUUAAGGAACGCAACCUGUUCACAAUGAAGUGCCAAAAAAAAAAAAAAAAAAAAAAAAAAAAAUGCACAGACUUGCUGUAUGAAAAUUAAAAGUCAGAUCUAGGAAAGUUGAACAGAUCCAAUUGUCAGAUUUCAGUGUGAAUCUGGUGUAAAUGUAGCCUAAAUUAUCAAACUACACUUCAGUGUAUGAGAAACAUACUUCAUCUGAGAGCCAAAGAAAUCAUAAGACAGACAUGAACUACAAAUUCAUGGAAAGAGGCCUUGUGAGACACUUCUCUGAGGUCUCAGUGUGUGUUUUUGCAUGGAGUGAUUACAUGUACUGUGUAAUGAUGUAAUGAUAUUCAAAAUAAAGAAAUAUCCCUUCUGUUGGCACUUGA